GACUGUACAUACAUUUCAAAAAAAAUUUACUGGUUAAAUAAUAAUACUUUUUUGUUUUGUUUUUAUUAAAAAUAUUACUAAAUAAUUUAGAAUUAGUAGAAAAAUAUUUUCGUUGUUGCAACACUGAACAACACAUGUCAAAUUCAAAAUGGCUUCGAAACAACAAAGUGUUGGCGGGACCCGGAACUUACAACUAACUCGCGCCCAUAAGAUCUUGGCUUUGGUACCCGCUCAAAACGCAUGCUCUGACGAUAGUUCCACAUCUGAUGAGGAAGCAAAUGCUUAUAUACCGCCUUCACCAGAUACCUCUGAUCCACCUUCAAUAGCAUCAUCACUAAAUUAUCAAUGGUUAAAAGCAGUAUUUCGUCACAAUGUAUCUCUUGAAGAAAACUUAUACAAUCUCCAUCAAACACAAAUAGAGACAGUACUGGAUUAUUUUUAUUUCUUUUUUUCUCCUGACUUAAUUACUGACAUUGUUUAUAAUACAAAUUUAUAUGCAGUUGAACAACUAGGUCGAUCUAUUCAGCUGACAGAAGAUGAGAUUAAAAGCUUCCUGGCCAUUCAAAUCAUGAUGGGUAUAGUACAGAUGCCAGCUUAUACUGACUAUUGGGCAAGAAAAACAAGAUACCCUCUCAUUGCUGAUCUUAUGCCUCUCAAAAAGUAUCAACAAAUACGUCGAUAUAUUCAUUUUGUUGAUAAUACUUUGCAAGAUUCAGACCGUUAUUUCAAGAUUCGCCCCCUAAUGGAGAAAAUACGCAAAAAUUUUCUGAAAAUUGAAGAAGAAGGAAAAUAUUCCAUUGACGAGAUGAUGAUACCUUAUAAAGGUCGUAAAGCAGGUAAACGAAAGCAGUACAUAAAAAUGAAACCUAAGAAAUGGGGGUUUAAGAAUUUUGUCCGUGCGGCUGUUUCGGGUAUCAUCUACGAUUUUAUUCUGUAUGGUGGCGACGAUACCUUUCGUGGACUGACUUUUUCAGAGAAAGAAGCUACAAUUGGUUUAGGAGGUAUGGUAGUGCUUGCAUUGUGUCAAACUAUAAAGAAAAAGCCGGCCAUUGUGUAUGCUGAUAACUUUUUUAUGUCGCCUGAACUAACAUAUAUUCUGCGGGAAGAAUACGGGAUCCUUAGUCUAGGAACAAUAAGGACUAAUCGUCUCAGAGGCUGUCAAGAGUUAUUGCCAACUGACAAACAAUUAAAAAAGAAGAAACGCGGUUCUAGCGCCCAGGUGGUUUGCAAUAAGAAUAAGUUGGCAGUCGUAAAGUGGAACGACAAUAAAGUGGUUACACUUAUUAGCACCUACAUAGACUCGUACCCCUUAGAAACAAUCAAACGAUACGAUAAGGAUGAGAAAAAGAAAGUAGAUGUAGAAUGUCCUCAAGUGGUCAAACAUUACAACAAACAUAUGGGAGGGGUCGAUUUAGCAGAUAUGUUGAUAUCGUUAUAUAGAACUCCCUUCAAAAGUCACCGUUGGUACUUGGGAAUAUUUUCACAACUUGUUGAUAUGUGUAUAAAUAACGCUUGGCUCCUACAUAGAAGAGAUGGGAAGAAGACUUCAUUGAAAGAUUUCAGAUUUGAAUUGUUUGAUGGGUUGUCUAAGUCUAAUAGAAUAGGAACAAACCAAAACGUUACAGACGAUAUAGGCGAGAAUCUGAAAAUCCAUAAACCAGUCUCAGUCCGACCAACUGAUAGCGUCAGAUUUGAUAACACAGGUCAUCUUCCAGAAGCAGGUAAUGAAACAAUGCGUUGCAAAUAUUGUAAGAGUGGAAGAACAUCUGUCUACUGUAUAAAAUGUAACGUACAUUUGUGUUUUGUUGUGGGAAAAAUAAAACGUAAUUGCUUUCGUAAUUUUCACCUAAAAUAAUAAAGAAUAAUUUAAAUA